GCGAGAGACGCGGUCACGACAGCACGGAAAAGAAAACGAGGAGACUCAUUUUCUUUCAUGGCCUCAACGCUUAUGACAGUCUUGAGCGUCGUGUCCGAGAACUAGAACAAGGGCGCGAGGAAUGAAGCCAGCAACACAGAAUUGAAGAAGUCCAGAGUCUGAAUUCAGCGAGGAACUCUCAGCUGCAGCGAAGAGAACAACAUGUGAAUGACAGAAAAGUAAGAAAGUCAGCUCCAAAAAUUAAGAAAGUUCGCAAUGCGGUGUCCCUGCAUCGCUUCAGGGCUAAUCGCAAUAACGUCGCUUUAAUCGUGCGAUGACUUCUGUCGGAAUUUUUUUCUUCUUGCCGGGGCGCAGACAAGCGCGCAAAGAAAGCCGAUAGGAGCUGCCAGUGACGCAUUACACACUUCACAAACUCAACUGCCUUCAAGCACCAAGGUCUGCGUACGUUUUAUCAGCCAAGGACGAUAUCUCUUCCCUCGCUCGCAUCCAGCCACAGCCUCCCUUGAACCCUCGCGACCGGCUCGGAGAUACCAGAGAGGGUUUCUAAAACUGGGACACCGCGAACACGCUUUGAACCGACAACGUGGGUUGACCGCUAUUGCGUUAGCAGGCUUUCGAAGGGAUUGACCAUGAGUGACUCUCUCCACGGAAAAGUGGCCCUGGUUACGGGUGGAGCUAUGGGUCUGGGAAAAGCAAUCACGGAACACCUUCUCCAGCAAGGCUGCCGGGUUGCGUUCAUCGAUUUAAAUGAAUCUGCUGGAAUCGACACCGAGCGUGGUUUCAAAGCGACAUUUGGAGAAGAUCGUGUCAUAUUCAUGAAAUGUGACAUAACUAACGACGAAGCUUUCGAAGAUUGCUUUGUCCGAGCGAAGAAGAAGUUUGGACGACUGGACAUUGUGGUGAACAACGCCGGUUUCGCCGGCGAGGAAAGUUGGAGAAAAAUAUUUGAGAUCAACACGAUGGCGGUAUACUUCGGGACACUCCUGGCACUAAAAUACAUGGGCAAAGACCGAGGCGGAGAAGGAGGCUACGUAAUCAACAUUGCAUCCAUUGCUGGCUUGAUCGUCUGCCCUCCCAUUCCGGCAUACAAUGCAUCCAAGUAUGGAGUCAUAGGACUCACAAGAGCAUUCGGGACCGAUCUGUACUACAACCGCACGGGGGUAAAGGUGAGCUGUCUGUGUCCGGAACCCAUCGAGACGGCCAUGUGGCGCGGAAUAACGACCUUCUGCCAGGAGAUUGCCCUGAACACGCCUUACAUCACCGGGAACUACAGCAGUGGGGUGCAGAGGCCUGAGAACGUCGCCAAGGGAGUGAUUAAGCUCAUCGAAGAUGGCGUCAACGGUGCGGCACUGCUUUCUCUUUACGACGAGGGACUGGUGUACCACGAAUUCUCGAGCGUCCGAUGAUCCUUCCUGUAACUGGUCGUGACUGUGAUCGACAACCUGUAUAAAUGCUUCUUUCUAACCAUCUA